AUGAUUCCUGGUCACCCCGAAAAGCAUCCAGAAAGCGUCCGGACUGCAGAACCGGUGCACAGCUCAAGCCGCCUGCUCGUGGCGCAGAACUCGCCAAAGCCCAUUUUCCCCAGCAUGGCAUCUGUCCGAGCGGGACGCGGCUUGCUGCUCUCUUUGGCCCUUCUUUGUGCGCCGUUGUGCUUCGUAGGCCCACAAUCAGCGCCCGUUCCACGCACCACCGUGAUCUUGGAGGCCGCGGCUUCCGGCACUCCACCCGCGGCUGCGCCCGCGAGUGGUGGAUCCUCCGUGGCGUUGGUGAAGGUGACCAAAGAGAACACCAUCGCCACUGCUGGGGUCCUGGGUGGUGUGACCGGGCUGCUGCUGGGUGGCUUCUGGAUUGGUGCCGCCGGUUUUGUGGCCACCUCCUACUUGGCAAAGAAGGAGGAUGAUGUCUCCACCGUCCUGAAGGGUGUGUCUGCCGCAUCCUUGGAGGCUUUGAACUAUGUGGAUUACCUCAACAAGAAGUACGAGGUCUCCAACAAGGUGGGCACGGCUGUGAACGAAGCGCUGGACUCCAACCAGGGCGAGACCACCACGACCGUGAAGGAUGCGCUAGGCACAGUGAAUGGUGCCAUCGACAGCUUCGACAAGGAUGUCGGCAUCAAGGACACCCUGGGCAGCUUGGUGCUGGCCGGGUCCGACUUGGCAGGCCAACUGGCCACCAAGGUGGUGGAGCUCAACACCGAGUACAAGGUCACCGACCAGUUGAAGGCUAAGAUCGACGAAGCGCUCGCGAGCGAUCGCACCGCAGCCCUCGAGAAGGUCACUGAGGCACUCACGCAGGGGACCUCUGAGGAGGGGCCCCUAGUGUGCAGCCUCCUGGCGAAGGAGUUGGAGGGGACGCGCUUUGAACACCACUGGAUCUCCCAGGACGGUAAAGGCCAGUAUCGCUUGGGUGAGGAUGGCAUGAAGGUUGCAGUCCAGGUCUUGGAUGGGAAGCUCCUCAUCCAUGGAUACUUCGAAGGCUGCUUGGUGAUCCGCAGCACGUUCUUCCAUUUGGAAACGGAGGAGGAGCCCUUGACCCGCCGCUUUCACAAGCUCCGGCGCCAUCGCACUGAGGGGCCUUGGCUUUGGGAGCCCAAAGCGGAGAAGGUCUAUGAGAUUCCAGCACCCACGCCGGCGGAGCCACCGGCGCCCGAGAUCGCGGUCGAGGAGGUGAAGAAGCCCAAGGAACGCACCACAGUGAUGUUGAGGAACUUGCCCAACAACUACACUCGCGAGAUGUUCCUACAAUUGCUUGAUGAGCAAGGGAUGAAGGGUCUCUACGACUUCGUGUACUUGCCAUGCGACUUCUACCGGGACGCCAAUUUGGGCUACGCUUUCGUGAACAUGGUCCAUGCCCAAGCGGUGGAGUUCUUGUGGAGGACCUUUCAUGGCUUCUCUGACUGGGCUUUGCCCACGGCCAAGGUGUGCGAGGUGCGCUGGAGUGGACCUCACCAGGGCUUGCGCGCGCACGUGGACCGCUACCGCAACAGCCCGGUGAUGCACAAGAGUGUGCCAGAUGAUUACAAGCCCAUGAUCUUCAAGGAUGGCGUCCGGAAAGCCUUCCCACGCCCCACCAAGAAGGUCAAGGCACCCUUUGAUCGUCGCUGGUGA